AUGCCCAGUUCUACUGCAAUGGCAAUUGGAGCCCUCUCAAGUUCCCUCCUGGUAACAUGCUGUCUAAUGGUUGCCCUCUGUAGCCCGACCAUACCUCUGGAAAAACUGGCCAAGACUCAGGACAAACAGGAGAUUAAAACCAAUCAAGAGAAGAGAGACCACGCAGCCCGGGACACUCAGAGCCAGACAGGCCCAGGGAAAAUGAAUGAAAUCACUAGGAAUGGGCGGGAGGAGGGCAGCUCCAGGGAUGGGAAGAGCAAAGGAAGCCGGAAUUAUUCCAACAAGGAGUCUUGGAGCAAACAGAAACAGUUUUGGAAUAGCCAAGGGAUGAGCAGUAAGUCUGGGAAUUUGCAAGCCCAAGAACCAGGGGAUAGUGUUCAGGAAGAAGCCCUGGCUGCAGAAGAUGCAUCUCUCCCUGAAGCCCUGGCUACCCCUGAACCCCCUGAGGAGUAUGCCUAUCCAGACUACAGAGGGAAGGGCUGUGUGGAUGAGAGUGGCUUUGUUUAUGCUAUCGGAGAGAAGUUUACUCCUGGCCCUUCAGCCUGCCCUUGCCUUUGCACUGAGGAGGGACCGCUGUGCAUUCAGCCUGAGUGCCCAAGACUCCACCCUCGCUGCAUCCAUGUAGAUACCAGCCAGUGUUGUCCUCAGUGCAAAGAGAGGAAGAACUAUUGUGAGUUCCGGGGAAAGACGUACCAAACUCUAGAAGAGUUCAUGGUCUCUCCCUGUGAGAAAUGCCACUGUGAAGCCAACGGUGAAGUGCUUUGCACGGUGUCGGCUUGUCCUCAGACUGAAUGUGUGGACCCUGUGUAUGAGCCAGAUCAGUGUUGUCCCAUCUGCAAAAAUGGCCCAAACUGUUUUGCAGAAACCACUGUCAUCCCUGCUGGAAGAGAAGUAAAGACAGAUGAGUGCACUAUAUGUCACUGUACUUACGAAGAAGGCACUUGGAGAAUUGAACGGCAAGCAAUGUGUACUAGACAUGAAUGCAAGCAAAUGUAGAAAAUCUACAAAUCCAAGUACUCUAAUGUUUUGUUUUGUUUUGUUUUU